AUGUUUGCAAACGUUGGAUUUAGAACUUUGAGGGUCUCGAGAGGUCCCCUUUAUGGAUCCUGCAGUCAAAUCAUCAGCUUUUCCAAGAGGACUUUUUACUCAAGUGCCAAGAGUGGGUAUCAAUCGAACAACAGUCAUGGUGAUGCGUAUAGUUCAGGUAGCCAAUCAGGCCCGUUCACCUAUAAAACCGCGGUAGCUUUCCAACCAAAAGACAGAGACGAUCUGAUAUACCAAAAACUAAAGGAUUCUAUUAGAUCACCUACAGGAGAAGACAACUAUUUUGUUACAUCAAACAACGUUCACGAUAUUUUUGCCGGUGUCGCAGACGGUGUUGGAGGAUGGGCUGAGCAUGGGUAUGACUCCAGCGCCAUCUCAAGAGAAUUGUGUAAAAAAAUGGACGAAAUAAGCACUGCUUUAGCAGAAAAUUCAUCCAAAGAAACGCUUUUAACGCCAAAGAAAAUUAUUGGUGCUGCAUACGCAAAAAUUAGGGAUGAGAAAGUAGUGAAGGUUGGUGGGACAACAGCCAUUGUGGCUCACUUCCCAUCUAAUGGAAAAUUGGAAGUUGCCAACUUGGGUGAUUCUUGGUGUGGAGUCUUCAGAGAUUCUAAACUUGUAUUCCAGACAAAGUUUCAAACUGUUGGAUUUAAUGCUCCUUACCAAUUGUCAAUCAUUCCAGAAGAAAUGUUGAAAGAGGCCGAAAGAAGGGGUAGCAAGUAUAUUUUAAACACCCCCAGAGACGCUGAUGAAUAUAGCUUCCAAUUGAAAAAAAAGGAUAUUAUUAUAUUGGCUACCGAUGGUGUAACCGAUAAUAUUGCCACAGAUGAUAUUGAGCUUUUUCUGAAGGAUAACGCUGCGAGAACAAACGAUGAGUUACAGCUAUUAUCCCAGAAGUUUGUGGACAAUGUUGUCAGUUUAAGCAAGGACCCCAAUUACCCCAGUGUUUUUGCGCAAGAGAUUUCUAAGCUAACUGGCAAAAACUACAGCGGUGGUAAAGAAGACGAUAUAACUGUUGUUGUCGUGAGAGUUGACUAA